CUGAUGACCAAGAUCCUCUGCAUAACCUUGAAAAAGGUUAGAGCUGCAUCCCUCACAAGGCAGUCGGAGCAACUGAGUGAGGACCCACCUUCGCCCUUCCAGGACUCAGCUGUUUCCUUGGCUGCACAGCGUGGACUAGAGACAGAGAGUACACAUUCACCAAGCCCAACCCCUGCAGAUAUGAAGGAAGUGACCGAGUUGCCUGCUGCGCCUCAACCUGCUGGUGUUCAGCCAGUAAAGCGAAAGACGUCCAUGGAUAGUGGAAACACACCAAUAGAGCAGGUCCUGAGGGCAGCCGCUGCUAACCCGAGGUUCUCAGACUGCCCUCCAGAGCACACGGACAAGAUAGCAGAGUCCCCGGCACAGAACCGUUCGUUCAUGCAGCGAAUGAUGCACUGUCAUCGUGUGCCCGUCUUUCUUUCCUCGAUUGGGGAGGAAAUGGCUGCGCCUGCUUUACCAAAAACUCUGGCGCUUGAUGAGCUGUCACCCAAGAAGGACAUGAAACUGCAGGUACAAACUGCUUUCCCUGGAGCUGUGCUGAAGGAUGGCGUUGACAAUAGCCGCAUUUAG